GUGUCGUUUUAGCAUAAAGCUCUCCAACCAAGAUAAAUGAAUUGUUAUAAUUUUUUUCCCAUUGUACCCUCAUUUUAAUCCACCAUAUACUUUCUCUUUCUAAAUAAAAUUCAUUAAUAUAAGUACUCAUUAAAUUAUUUACUUCAAAUAACUAAUUCCAUAAUUUUCUCCACAUAACUCUCUCUCUCUUCCGUUGCAUUUUUCAACUACUCCUAAAUUUUUGGAAUUAAUAUUGCUUGCUAUAGGAAUACGUACUGCUUGCAUUUUCAUUAAUGGCUAAAGGAAAACUUAUUGCUUAUUGUUUCAAUGAAUGGCUAAAGGAAAAAAUAUUCCCUCCAAUUAUUUUAAUAAAAACUUAAGUUUCCCACCGAAAAAUUAAAACCAGUAGUACAUAUAGUAUGGUUUCAUAUUAUAAGUUCAAAAUAUUUACAACUCAUAAAAUAUGGAUUUAGAUAGUGAUACAGAAACAUCAUUAACAAACCAACAUAUAUUUGAGUUAUAUGAGUUUGAUGAAGAUAACUUAGAAGAGGAGUUUGAAGCAACCAAUAAUAUUGAUGAGUCCUGUGAAGAUAACUUACAAGAGGAGGUUGAAACAAACAAUGACACAGUGUAUAUUGCAGAAAAUGUUGAAGCAGAACCUAGAGAAAAAAAGAGAUUAAGAAUCUUAAGCAAUGAAGAACGCAUGUAUAUUUAUCAUGAGCUACUACAAAAAAGCGUUGAUGGAAAAUUACGUAAAGGAGCUACAAAUGAGGUGGCUUCAUCAAAUUCGGUUCCUCUAAGAACUGUUCAACGUAUUUGGAAAAGAGCAAAAGAAAGUGAAACACGUGAUGUCUCUCAUAGGAAGACAAAAAAUUGUGGACGUAAGAGAAUUUCAAUUGAUGAGAAUCAAAUUCGUGAACUUCCUUUCAGUCAAAGAACAAACAUUCGAUCUUUAGCUUUUGCGUUGAAAACCAAUCCAACAUCGGUGUUCAGGCUUAUAAAAUCAGGGGCUAUACGGCGUAAUUCAAAUGCCAUAAAACCACUGUUGAAAGAAAAAAACAAAAUAUCUAGGUUGGAAUUUUGUUUAUCAAUGCUUGAAGGUACACCACAUGAUCCAAUGUUUAAGAGCAUGCACAAUAUUAUUCAUAUUGAUGAAAAAUGGUUUUAUAUGACUAAAAAAUCCGAGAAGUAUUAUUUGCUCCCAGAUGAAGAUGAGCCAUAUCGGACAUGUAAGAGCAAAAAUUUCAUUGCCAAAGUUAUGUUCUUAGUUGCUCAAACUCGACCACGAUUUGACUCAGAAGAAAAUGAAACUUUUUCGGGUAAAAUUGGUGUUUUUCCGUUUGUUACCCAUGAACCGGCUAUAAGGUCAAGUAUUAACAGAGUUGCGGGAACAAUGGUAACAAAAGCAAUAACUACGGUAAAUAGAGAUGUGGAUAACGCAAGGACGCAUAUAAACCAUGAUGAUCCUUUAUUCCGUGAAGCUGCCACCAAGGAUGGGUUUGAUAUUCGUUUAAUGUGUCAGCCUGCAAACUCUCCAGAUUUGAAUAUCUUAGACCUUGGUUUUUUCUCGGCUAUACAAUCAUUGCAAUACAAGGAAGCACCGAAAACUAUUGAUGAACUUAUCAGUGCAGUGGUGAAGUCAUUUGAAAAUUUUCCUUCAAUUAAGUCCAAUCGUAUAUUUGUAUCAUUGCAACUAUGCAUGAUAGAGAUCAUGAAAGAGAAAGGUUCCAAUAAAUAUAAAAUUCCUCAUGUAAAUAAGGAAAGGCUUGAAAGAGUAGGACAACUACCAAUUCAAAUUAAGUGUGAUCCAAUAUUAGUACAAGAAGUCAAAAAUUACUUAAACAUGGAGUAA